AUGGGCCCCGCGACAGAUGAGCCCAAAAAGCCUACUGAGGCGACCGGCGAAGACGUCCGCACCCCGCCCUCUGACCAUGAAGACAGCUCCGUUCGCAAGCAACUGAAGGAGACGUCCAUCGAUACUGCGAAUGAUGCGGCUGAUAGCGCCUCCAUCGGUUCCGGAACGGAGCAAUCUGGCGGUCGCAAGCGGUCUUUCGAGGAGUCCCGCGACAAGAACGAAGGUACCGACACAAGUGAGGGCCCGCGCAAGCGAUCGCGCGAGGCUACGCCGCAGUCUGCGAAGGACACUGAGGGAAAAAACGUGAGUGAUGCGACCCCUAAGGACCCCGAAGGCGCCACCCCUCCCGAACUGGCCACGGAUGAGUCCUCCCAUGGAAUUCCAGACCACCCGGAAAUUGAGUACUACAACAUCGUCUCGAGCGACGAGUCAGAACGCAGUCUGUUAUUUGUAGAACAGACUUCGCGCGGAGCGUCCCCUGAGGUGACAGUGAUAUCGUCAGACUCGGAGUCGGAAAUUGCCACGGAGCACUGGAUCGAGUCCGUUGAAGCGGCUGGCGCGGAAGAAGUGUGCGAUUUGGGCUCUGAAGAUUCCGAGUCUGUCGAGACUAUCGUGUCUCCAUCGGGCGCUGUCUUUUGGGAGAGAAGCCUCGACUCUGUAGAGCAAGAGUGGUUAGAGUAUUUUAAACCCUCGCCCGAGUCUUCGCCCGAGUCGAGUCUUUCUUCUGAGGCGCGGACUGACCGCCCGACGGAUUUUCCAGCGGAAUCACCAUCCUGUGGCCAGGACACCCACCUAUCGAAGAAUGAUAACAUUAACACUACUUCACAGGACGCAACUGACGCAACUGAAACCCUGGACUCUACCAACACAAUGAAGGACGACGGAGUUAAAGCACUUAACAAGAAACGGAGUCUGGAGCAAGUCGAAGAUGAGGGCGCAAAGAAGCCCGAGGAAACAGAAAAUAAACGUCACCGGGAUAAUUCCCAAGAGCGUGAGGCUCAAAAAGCCAAUGCUUUCGCUCAGAGUGCGUUCGGCAGUGCCGUCUCCUCUUCUCCAUUUGCUUCGCUUGGUAGCUCAAAGCCAGCCACAACCACCACGUCGUCCGCCUCUGAACAACCUGCAUCGAAAUCCGCUUUUGCUUCUUCAGCUUUGGGGUCCUUCGCGGGCUCGGAGACUUCCCCAUUUGGCUCAUUCGGCUCCUCAAAACCUUCCGUGUUCCAGUCAAGCACUGGCACAUCUGCAUUCGGCUCAACCUCCACGUCUGGCUUUGGUUCCUUGAAGAAUGGAUUUGCAGGUGUUGGAGGUGGCUUCGCUGCUGCUGCUAAGACUGGCGGCCUGUCAAACUUUGCGUCUCCCGACGCCGCUGCAACCCUGGGCGGUGACACUAAGUCUUCGGCUUCGAAGCCCAUCGGCGCGGAUGACUCUGAGGGUGAUGGGAGCGACAACGAAGAAGGCGAAGGCACUAAUACCUUUGAAGCUGACAAGACUGAUGAACGCUUUUACGAACAAAAAAGUGCGUAUUACCUUUUCUUUUCAUAUGACAUACGACCCUACGGUGGUUCAUUCAAACUGACCUCACAUGCUGUAGUGUCCACCGGUGAGGAGGAGGAAGAGAAUAUCUUCUCUUGCAAAGGCAAGCUCUUCCAUUUCAGCGGCGAGUGGAAAGAGCGUGGUGUGGGAACUUUCAAGGUCAACGUUCGCAGGGACGAUAAUGGCAAGCAGCAUGGUCGUAUGAUUAUGCGCGCUGAUGGCGCGUUGCGCGUCAUGCUCAACAGCCCUGUCUUCAAGGGCAUGACCUGUGGCGAUGCCAAGAAUCAGGAACCAUCAUCGAAGCAGAUCUUUCUCGCAAGCAUCGAGGAAGGCCGCACAGUGCCCUUGCUCUUGCGCGUUGGAAACGAAAAUAUUGCCAAGGACCUUUAUGGUAUUAUCAAAAACCUUCUUGGUGAUGAUGAUGAUAAUAAAUGA